AUGGCACAGAGCGCCGAGCUCCAGCCAAGCUUUGAGGACAUUUUUAAUAUUCUGUCCCAGAUCCCACAAGAUAAGCUCCUUAGCCUCAAACAUAAACUGAAGCACUUGAUACCUGGGCCCAGCAGCAAACUACUGCAAGCCAUGGUCCUGCUUACUCUGGGGCAAGAAGCAGAUGCAAGAAUUUGUUUGGAUGCCUUGAGAGAGAACCAGGCAGCCCAGUACGUCCACCAGACCAAACUGGGCACCGCAAGAGUGCAGGAAGACGGGGAGGAUUUGCAGCCUCCCCAGCUGGAUGCAGGUGCCAUGGCGCUUCUGGCACACAUCUACUCAGUGUUAGCCGAGGAAAAGCUGUGCAGUCAUGAAGCCAUGGACAAAGCCUACCAGGCUGCCACCAAAGCCUGCAACGCCAGCAAGGAAACUCAGGGGGACACGCUCAACAGCAUCCCAGCUGACGACCAGGAAAACCAUGGCUCUGCUAUCAGCACGAGCCCAGGUGACAAAUUUCAGACACUGAGAUCUGAUGAGGGUGUAGGAUUUCUCCAGAUGGUCAGCCCAAACGACAUGGUGAGAAGUUCCCCAGUGCAGAUUAGAGGCAACUCGGACCUUUCAGGCCCACGGACCUUGUGCUCUUUGGGGAGUCCCUCUUUCCCCAGCCACUUUGAGAUCAGUGCGUCGCCAACAGCUGCUUUUCACACCCAGCCUUCUUCCCACAAGCGUGUUCCCCAGCCCAGCCGGCUGUGCGAAGGGAGCACCGGCGGUGCUGGACAGCCUGACGUGGACAGACAGAGCCACGGCCUGCAGGAAACAAGCUGGGCCAGCAGACCCAACUCUCAUCCUGGGCAGGACACGGGUGCCCAAGUCCCCCAACCGGAGAAGGUUCUGCAGGUCAGCUCACGUCGUCCAACUCUCCCUAUUCCUGAAACACAGCUGCCCACGCCGGGCGCUGUGAACCAACCUGUCGAAAGUAGUGAUGUUUCCAGCACAGUGGCAGCGGAACCUCGUGCACCAAAAGAAAACACAGACAAAAAGCAAGAUGAAAAGCCAGUGGAUACUGGUUCUGCCCACAUAUCCAUGAGGCACUCCUAUGUUCCAGCAGGCCUUCCUUCUAGCUCUGCAUCUGCUUCCAUUUCAACCGGUUCCCUUCCUCCUCCUACCUAUUCCUCCUCCUCAGCCCUUCCCCCUCCUCUUCAGAGAGUUCCUUCCAACUUAUAUGCCCCUUCCCUCCACUCAUCCCCCUCUCCAGUCUGGCCUCCUCCUCUCCAAACUGUAGAACCAGCGCCCACAUCAGAGCCAGAUAGUGGAAAGUUCUUCACUUUCGUUGUCCUGCAUGCUAGUGAAGAUGAGAUUGUUGCCCAUCGGGUCAAGGACCUGCUGGAGAACAUGGGGGUUCCCAAUGGUGCCACGCUCUGUGGGGAUUUCUUCAUUGCCGGACGUAGCCAUCUGACUUGCUUCCAGGAUGCUAUGGAAAACUCUGCUUUCAUCAUCCUUCUGCUGACCAAGAACUUCCCAUGCGACCUGUGUAUGUUUCAGACAAACACUGCUCUGAUGGAGUCCAUCCUGAAACCAGACAAGCAAGACUCAGUCAUCCCUUUUGUGCCCAAGGAGAACCCCCUGGAGCGGAGUCAGAUUCCCAGCACGCUCGGUGGGCUGAUGCCCUUGGAUGAGAACUCUCCUGGGUUCUCCAGGACAGUGCAGAACACCUUUACUACCAGCAGGAUCAACAAGAGGAAAGCCAUGUGGGACCUGACGCAGAGAAAGAAACUACAGCUGUAUCAGGAACGGUAUCAAACACUGCAGAACUUCGCUGCUCUGAACCUCGGCUCCCUUCCCCAGGUGCCUCCAUCAGCAACAGGGCCGCAGCUGCUGCAGCGAUCACCCCAACAGUGGUGCCCGCCGGCUUCAACUGUCCCUCCUGCCACGUACCCGCCUCCCCCCGUGGGUCACCCCAUGCCCACUCAGAUGGGUCCCCCUCCUUUCCAACCAUUUCAGCUCCCAUCAGGCCACUACAGCAUGAUGCCAGGUCUAGGUGGCAUCCCGCCCCUCAUCAUUCAACACGCACGAAUGGUUCAGAUUGGGAACCACAACAUGAUGCAGGUAGAAACUGUCACACCAGGUCCACAGGCCAGUGAGGAAGAAAGCAGGUAG